GGCAGCGUGUCUUACUCUGAACUCAUCUUCUCGACGCUCGUUCAAUUCCUCCUCUUCCCUUGGCGGGAGACUCUUUGAUGUCUCUCUUCAUUUCGUAGCUAUGGCACCAAAAUUCAAAGACGGCGACGUCGUAGCGUCGUUUAAUGGAAAAUGGAUAUCGUGGUCGCACACUAUCGUCGCGUACUGCGCCUUCCUCGGAGCCCUAGUUGUUGGCUUAUCCCUCCAUUACCACAAGAUCGUACAGAAUGAGUUCUACGGCUAUCCGCAAGAAUGGUUCCCAUCGGUCUCAUCCACAAUUGGCGACCGCUAUCCCGAGCGGUCCGUCUUCAUGCUCUUCAUCGCGAUAACAUCCGGUCCGCGAUUCGCAUUAGUCGCUCUCUGGUACAUUCUGACGCGCCGACCGAACUCAACCCUGCCCAAGUUUGUUGCCGGCAUUGGUCUCUUCCGAACUUUGACCUGCGGAGGGUGGACAUAUGUGACAUCGACGGAUGAUCAUGACUGGCACGACAUCUUCAUGAUUUCGUACUUGGUGGCAACCUUACCAUGGACCAUUGGAUGCAUUGCCCUCAGUCCGAGAAACCGAACGGCCUUGAAAUAUCGAAAGAUUUUCGCCGGUUCCUUCUUUGGCACAAUAGCGCCACUUAUAUACUUCUUUAUUCAGCACAAAGUGCACCGAGUAGCUGGAGCAUAUACUACCUACUCUUUCUUCGAAUGGUCGCUUGUACUUCUGGAUGUGGCAUUCGACGCGGUCACUGUAAUCGACUUCUCCAACUUCGAAAUUGUUGUGAAGGAUGUCAAAGGCAUUACUCGCGGUGCUGGCAACCAAGGUGUGGCCGACGUCGUCCUCGAGAAACAGAAAGAUAAGGAAGUUGGCGCUGUCUUCGCUGGUGGCUUCUCCUGGGUUGGAUUUAUCGAUGCUGUGGCCAACGUCUACAAUGGGUUCGUCUUCUGGUCGGUGCUGACCUCCCUUGGGGUCUGCGUCUGGUACUUCCCACUGUGGCAUAUGGGUAUUUCCGGCUACGAAGUCAUGGUUAUGUCAACUAUCUCGCCCUUCUUGCUCGGCAUCAGGUCCAUCCGCUUCCUUGUCAUCCGCAACAUCCGGAUCUGCCACCUGCUAGCACUCUCGGGCCUCCUCGCCUAUCUGGUCAGGAACCCUGCAAACCGCCUCUUCGCCGUCGGUUUCGGCGUCUGGAUGGGAUGUCUUUCGUGGUCAGCAACCUUCUACGCCGAGAGGUCUCAACCUCACCGUCUUGAAGCACGCAUAUCAGCGUUCUCCCUUGGCUUGAUAGCUUCCAGCCUGGCCAAGUUUGCUUUCUGGACGAACAACCCCAUCUGGCCUAUUAUGCAUGCGCCGAAUGGCGGUUGGAACAAGCUUGGUCUUGCUCUCGCCAUACCGGCUAUCCUUUGGUCCACGAGAACGUCCGCAAGCUCUGGCGCCGAUCUUCCAGCUCCUGGUCCUACGAAAGGCUCUUCUGCUCUGACUGGUCUUGGUCUGGCUGGCCUCUUCUUCUCCAUGCACUCCCUACUCUCCGACUCCAGCACCAUGAUCCUAUGGGUCUGGGAAGGCUAUCCCGUACGUGGUCCGCUUGCUGUGCCACACGGAGCCUGGACAUUGCUAGCCAUGGGCGUGGGUCUUGUAAUCGGCCUCUUCUACCCAACCUUCUCUCGCUCAUGGGCGUUCUACGGCAUAGGAUCCAUUGGCGCCGCCAUCCUGACUACCUCGAGCCACUGGUUCGGAUACUAUGGAGCACUCGCCCUGACUAUCUACACCAUGGCUGCGGCGCCCGUCCUCAUCUCCCACGCAGCUCGCCAUUCCCCAGCCAAAACCUUCGGCCUUGGCUUCCUCAUGUACAACAUCAUGGUCCUGGCGCACGUCUGGAUUGUCGCCUACGCCUUCGUUCCUGGCGGCCCGCUCAUGCGCGAGCAUACCGAUUGGGUCAUGUCCGCUAUGAUGCUGCUCAUCGGCUGCGGCGUCUUCAGCGCCUCUGCGCAACCACCCACACCCUCCCAGAAAUAUAAAGGUAAAUCGCCCAGUCCGAAUCCAGCGGCUCGCAAACAGCGCUCGUACUAUCUUUACGUGCUGCUCUUCCUCGAACUCCUAGCAAUCGCAGUCGCAUAUCUGCGUUUCCCAAGCUACAACUACACGCCCCACCAUCCCGAGACGAAGAGCAUCACCGCCGGUAUCUGGACCAUCCACUUCAGUCUCGACAACGACAUGUGGAGCUCCGAAGUGCGCAUGCGCGAUCUGAUCAAAGAAAUGGAAAUCGACGUCAUCGGCCUCCUAGAAUCCGACUUGCAGCGCAUCAUCAUGGGCAACCGCGACACAACGCAAUUCCUCGCCGAAGACCUUGGCAUGUACGUCGACUACGGGCCCGGCCCCAACAAGCACACCUGGGGCUCUGCUCUUCUCUCCAAGUUCCCCAUCGUAAACUCCACGCACCACCUAUUGCCCUCGCCCGUCGGCGAGCUCGCGCCCGCCAUCGAGGCUACGCUUGAUGCAUACGGGCGCCUCGUCGACGUGUUUGUGUUUCACUCCGGCCAGGAGGAGGACUCGGAGGACCGCAGACUGCAGAGCGAGUACCUGGCGCAGCGGAUGAAGGCGAGCCCCAGACCGGCGAUUCUGCUGAGUUAUCUGGUGGUCAAGCCGGGCGAGGGGAAUUACAAUACGUAUGUAGGCGAGAAGAGCGGGAUGCGGGAUGUGGAUCCGAGUGAUUGGGACCGCUGGUGCGAGUAUAUACUGUACAAGGGGUUGAGGAGGACGGGCUAUGCUCGCGUGAGCAGGUCUACGAUCACAGACACGGAACUCCAGGUUGCCAAAUUCGUCGUCGACCAGCCUGAAGGCUCGAACGAUGUCGUUCCUGAGGAUCAAGUCCCGCCGGGUCUGAGGUUCCCCGCGCUGUUUAGGGGCGAGGGCGUGCGCGGGCAUAGGUACCAUGUUUUCGACGAACCUAGGUACUAUGCAUAAAUAAAAGCGCAGGACACGAGAAAAGAAGGGGGCUAGAAUUCUCGGAGCGAGCAUGAGACUAAGCUUAAUAUUCUCGGCUAGCUCUAUAAGAGGUUAAAUAAAGUUCUAAAUUUUUUUAAGUAUCUGUAGCCUUGUAUUUAGUUAUUUAUAAGCCUUUAACGCGCGGGGAGUACAAGCGACCGUUAAGCCUCGCGGACUAUUACGACAGAGUACACCCCGCGAAGGAUGCUGGAACGUAU